AUGGGGCUCCUGGUCAGUCCCACCACAGAGGCCCUGCUUGGAUUUAAGACCUGUGUCCUCACCAACAACUGGGUGGACGACAGCGCCGGGCGGCUCUUCACGGCCACGUUGAUGAACCUGCUGCGUCGCCACUUUGACCUGGUGAUCGAGUCCUGCCGGCUCGGAGCACAGAAGCCAGAUCCCGAGAUCUACACUUACGCCUUGGACGCGCUGCAGGCGAAACCGCAGGAGGUCAUCUUCCUGGAUGACAUCGGGGAGAACUUGAAGCCGGCUCGGGAGAUGGGCAUGGCCACCAUCCUCGUCAGGGACACCGAAACCGUCCUCAAGGAGCUGGAGGAGCUCUCGGGUGUCCAGCUUCUCGGCCAAGAAGAGCCACUGCCAACCGCGUGUGAUCCAUCCGAUGUGACCCACGGAUACGUCCCCAUCCGGCCCGGCGUCCAGCUGCACUUCGUGGAGAUGGGACAUGGCCCCGUCAUCUGCCUCUGCCACGGCUUCCCCGAGUCCUGGCUCUCCUGGCGCUACCAGAUCCCAGCCUUGGCUGAUGCUGGCUUCAGGGUGAUCGCUCUGGAGAUGAAGGGCUACGGGGAGUCCACGGCCCCGCCGGACAUCAAAGAAUAUUCCCAGGAGCAGAUAUGCAAGGACCUGGCGGUUUUCCUGGACAAACUGGGCGUCUCGGGCGCCGCUUUCGGGGUGCAGGGGCCGCUGUCUUUGCGGGUCGGCCACGACUGGGGCGGUUCCUUGGUCUUGAACAUGGCUCUGUUCUACCCCGAGAGGGUGAGGGCUGUGGCUUCGCUGAACACCCCGUACCGACCCGCCGACCCCGGUGUGGACAUCGUGGAGAAGAUGAGAUCCUAUCCCACCUUUGAUUACCAGUUCUACUUCCAGGAGCCGGGCGUCGCGGAAGCGGAGCUCGAGAAGGACAUCGGCCGGACCCUGAAGGUCCUGAUCCGCUCCACGCGCCGGGAG